AUGCCCACAAACAGAAUCAGGGUAGUUGAGGGAUCCUGUUGGCCCUGCAAGAAGCGCCGUAUCAAGUGCGACCUGACAAAGCCCCGGUGCAAUCGUUGCGCCAAGAUUGGGGCGGAUUGCGACUUCAACGCUCGCCGCCUGAAAUGGAGCACGCGGCCCACGAUCAAGGCUCCGGCCAUCUACCAGAUUGCCACCAGAGACGCGCAGCUCGCGUCCUGUCUAGCUUCAGACGAACGGCGCGCCCUGGAUUACUUCCAUCACCGCCUGUGGCCGCUCUUGACGACGGCCCCGGAACCAUGCGCGGCUCCAAUCUUACAGGCCCUUGAGCAUCGAGUCGUACUUCUCGCGGCGUGCGUCAUUGCGGAUGCGCACCGGGUUCUCCAGGACGGGAGGAACAGCCGCAGUCUCCUCCGCAUGAAGCGACUCGAGUGUCUCGCGGCCGUACGGGGUGAGGUCGGCGGCGCUCACAUGGUCGAUAAGAGUUCUCUCAUGACCCUGUUGCUUGCUGUACUCUUACUCUAUUUCCACGACGGAUACCUUGAAUGCGCUCAGGCGUCUGCCUCAACGUCAAGUCACCACGGGGGCGUCAAGGCAAUCAUCAACAGUCUCGGAGGCACUCUUCCGGUUCUGGAGACGAGUCAUGAGUCGAUCCACAUGCUCCUCUCUGAAUUUGCGUCAACGGAUCUCACAACCAUCAUGCUCAAGGGAGGGAAACCCUCGUUCCCUCACGAAAUAUGGGAUACAAUUGAGAAGAGAUCCGUAUGGUGGGGAAGAGACAUCCUUGGACGCUCAUCUCUGGCCUCCGUAUUUCAGCAAAUAUCUCGGCUAACAGAGUACCGAGAUGUUCUGAACAACGGCACCGAGCAACUCUCAAUGGAGACUAUCCGCAAAUUCGAGACGGCCUUGUCUCCGAUGUAUGCCAGGAUCACAGACACAUGUUCAGAUACUGGAGAUGCCGAUCCAGACUUAGAGGCAAACAACGAUUUCACUUUAAUUCGUGCCUUUCAGCAUACGGCUCUCAUCUACAUGUAUAGGGCCAUUUGCGGUCUACCAGUCUCUCAUUCUCUCGUACAGCAGCACGUUUUGCCGUGUCUAGAGUGCAUCAUCGAUAUGAAACAGCCCUCAAAGGUGCUGAAUUGUGUCAUUUUCCCUUUGCUCGUUGCUGGUGCGCAUGUUCAGUCCCCGAGACACAGAAAAGCAGUUCUGGGUAUCCUUCAUAUUAUUCGAGAUGAGAUGCGGUUUGCUAGCUUACAUACUGUCUCCGAGGUUUUGUGCGGUGUAUGGAAGGCCGCUCGAGAGGACGUAACUUGGUCAGAAAUGUACUCCGACUUGGCAUCAGAUGCCGUCGUGCUAUAA